AUGAGAGUUUUUCUUGAGCUGGCUGGCUUUUAUAAGGAUGAAGUGAGUCAAGUGCUCACAACAAAUCUCUGGCUUGAGCUACAAUGGUUUGACUAUCGAUUAUCGUGGGAUCCAUCGAAAAUGGGAGGAUUGAGAAAGUUGCAUGUGCCAUCCGAUCAAAUUUGGACACCUGAUCUUGUGCUUUAUAACAAUGCUGAUGGAGAGCCACAAAUCACAAUUGUCAGCGAUGCUCUUGUCUACUUUAAUGGAUUGGUCAUUUGGAAACCACCCAGUAUCUACAAAAGUUUUUGUGAAAUAAACAUCGAGUACUUCCCUUACGAUAAACAAAGUUGUAAGAUGAAAUUUGGUGGUUGGACAUACACGGGAAUGCAGAUGGAUGUGAGACAAUUAGCGCCAUAUGAUGGACAAAUCUCAAGGAUAUUGACAGAAAAGAAUGUACCGGGACAUUAUGUAGAGAUUGGAAUGGAUUUAUCAUCAUAUUAUCCAAGCGAAGAAUGGGAUUUGAUGUCAUUGAACUCAACUCGACACGUUGAACAAUACCCGGGUUGUUGUGGAUAUGAGUCCUACAUUGAUGUGACUUUCGUCUUCGUCUUGAGAAGAAAAACUCUCUUCUACACGAUCAAUCUCGUUAUUCCCAGCAUGAUGAUUUCCGUUUUGACCAUUUUCUGUUUCUACAUCCCGCCAAUUGAGCACAAAAUCAGCUUCACGAUCUCGAUUUUCGUCGCCUUGACUGUAUACUAUUUGGUUUUGAAUGAGAUCCUUCCACCAACCUCUCUCGUUGUCCCACUCAUCGGUAAAUACCUCCUCCUCACUCUAUUUAAUGUCGGAUUUUCGAUAAACUUCUCUGUCAUCUCAAUUAAUUACUUUAGAAGAGAUGGUUCACAACAUCCGAUGCCACAUUGGAUGAAAGUUGUCUUCGUGAAAACGCUGCCAAAAUAUCUCUGGAUCCAGUCACCAAGCGAGGAUGAACAAAGCGAUGAUGGAAGUUCGACAAGUGACAUUCCACAAGGAAUGUUCGAUGGAUCAAGACGACCAUCGCCAUACUUUUUGACGAUACCACAAGAUGGUCAAAUGCGGCUCUCGCAGUUAGCUCAAUUACGAGGAAUGCAUCCAGAUUUGAUUCGACGAAUGAUCGACAAUUUAUCAUUCAUUUCUGAUCACUUUAGAGCAAAGAAGAAAGAGGAUCAAGUGUCUGGUGAUUGGGCUUAUGUGGCCUUUGUAAUGGAUCGAAUAUUGCUCAUCAUCUACAUUCUGUCAAAUAUUGGUGCAGGUCUUUUACUGCUCUGGGGCGCUGAAACGAUUUUCGAUACACGGGAGCCAAUGCCCGUCACCCCUGGUCUUAAACCACUUUCUGGAGACACUUUCGAGUCAGUCUCCGAGAAUUUCACACAAGAUGUUUGGCUAGGAGAUACGACAAUUUAUUAU